AUGAAUCGAUUUAGACCAGCAAUUUUCCUCAGAAGAUACAGUAUGGGACGUCCUUCUCCUUACAAUGCGCGUGUGGACCUGAUAGAGAAUGAAGGUGAAGGCAAAUUUGUGCAAACCCGCAAGAUCAAUUACACAGAUGCGGCAGGUAAGAACCGGAUCUGGGAGAUGGCCAUCCGGCCAACACGCACUGAAACCACCGGAAUAGAUGCGGUAUCGAUCGCUGCAAUACUAAAAGAUGCGAAUGGGAAAAAGAAUGUUUUGGUAACAAAGCAGUUUCGUCCCCCUACUGAGAAAGUGGUUUUGGAGUUCCCCGCGGGACUUAUAGACCCCAACGAAUCGGUUGAGAGUACGGCAGUACGAGAAUUGUUGGAAGAAACAGGGUAUGUUGGCACUUUCAGCCAUCUGUCACAUAAGGAGAUGCCACUUUUCAGCGAUCCAGGACUCACCAAUGCUAACAUGGCAUUGGCAUUUGUGGAUGUGGAUAUGAACGACGAACGUAAUCAAAACCCUGUACCUCAAUUGGAAGAUGGUGAGUAUAUAGAUGUUGUCAAGGUGCCCUUGAAGGGCAUGCUAGAGGAAUUGCGCAAAUUGUGCACCAGCGAGGGCUGCGUAAUCGAUGCCAGAUUAUACCAUUUUGCGGAGGGCAUUGAAAUUGCACAGAAGAUUUGA